GCGCGGAAUUACGAUUUCAGAGCGUAUAUAUCAAGAAGAUCUGUCUUUUGAGGUCCGCAUUACAUCGAUCUUUCAACUCUCUAAGCUCAACCCUACUUCAACCCAAAACAUCUACGGAUCUCACCAUCUCAUCACAUCUCAUUCACAAGAACAAGUACACUAUCCAAGAUGUCCCCCACCCCCGCCCACCUCAACUUCAUAACCGGCAACAAGAACAAACUCGCCGAAGUCCAAGCCAUCCUUGCCGGCGUAAUUGAGCUGCGCAACGAAAAUAUCGACCUCGUUGAGAUCCAAGGCUCAGUGGAAGACGUCACUACUGACAAAGCGCGUAGAGCUGCUGAAGCCAUCAAAGGCCCAGUGCUGGUUGAAGACACAUGUCUCUGCUUCAAGGCUAUGAAUGACUUGCCGGGGCCGUACAUAAAAUGGUUCAUGCAAUCGCUCGGCGCAGCGCAGAUGCACAAGCUCCUGGCCGGCUUCGACGACAAGUCCGCGCAAGCUGUGUGUACGUUUGCGUACUGCGAGGGGCCAGGGCAUGAGCCUGUGUUGUUCCAGGGACGCACGGAUGGCAAGUUGGUGGAGAGUCGGGGGCCUACUGCGUUUGGCUGGGACUCGUGCUUCGAGUACAAGGGUCAGACGUAUGCUGAGAUGGACAAGAGUGAGAAGAACAAGAUAAGCCAUCGGGGCAAGGCGCUGGAGAAGUUGAAAGAGUGGCUGGCGCAGAAGGUCGAUGCGUAGAGUGUAGGAGUUAGGUCAAACUCACCAUUUCAGCCCAAUAUACACACGAUUGAGUAUUCAC